UGGAUAUCAGAAACGGAAAGGCACAACACCGUGUGUGACGGUGAAAGACAGGUUUGACAGCAUGAUCAUGAACCGUGGAUCUUUCCAAAACGUGAUGCAACCCAACAUGCCUUUGAGGAGGCCGUCAACCAGCCCAGCAGGUGCCACUGCAACCCCAAGGGCCCCUGGCACAACACCAGACCGGCCUCUAGCGAACUCCAACGGGGAUGCCGAGGCCAGCCGAAAAGAAACUACUGUACUCACAAACGGCUCUAUGAAAACAGCCUCUAUGCCCCCAUUCACUGUUAAGUUGUGCAACUACUGCAGUCAGCAAGGUAACCUUCGCUGUACGCGCUGCAAGAAGACCUGCUACUGCUCAGUGGCUUGCCAGUCAGAGGACUGGAAUGCACACAGGCACAUGUGCAAGCCCAGUACCCCAGAUACUCCCACAAGUGAUAAGCCAAAGGAAAUCCCAGCUUCACCGAUGGGAAAUGGGCAGAACCUGUCAGACUCGAAGGUGAACAACGGUGAUGUGACUUGCUCCCAGCGAGUGUACCUGCGGGACCUCCGUAAGAAUGACAUCACCAAAGGAAUGGAAUUUCAGGUGUCUGUGGUGGAGCUGCAUAGCCCUAGUAGGUUUUUCAUUCACGUCCAAAGCCCAGAGCUGGUUGAGGCUCUGAGAGCCGUUACUGUGGAACUGCAGAAGACCAAUGGUGGCUCGCUAGGGACAGACUACAAGCCCAACACCGGAGAGGUCUGUGCCGUCAAAUACUCCUUGGAUCAGAACUGGUACAGAGGUGUUGUCCAGUCUGUAGCUGCAGAUGAUGGAAAUGCUAAAGUUCUCUACAUUGACUUUGGAAACGAAGAAGAUGUGACACUGGAUCGGAUCAAGCCCCUCGCUGCCAGCAUUGAACCCAUUCCACCAUGUGCUUUGGAGUGCAGCGUCGCCGGGAUAACACCGGUGACUGACAGCUGGAUGGGGGCGUGUUGCAUGGCUGUGAGACAGCUGGUGGCUGGAAAGAGCCUGACACUCACUGUGGUGGACACACAGGAGAAUGACCACACCUACGCAGUGGACAUCCUACUGACUCCUAUCGGAAAACAGCUGAGCACUUUCCUCAUGGACCAAGGUUAUGCUGUGAGGGAGGACGUCAAUAAGAAACGUGCAGAACAGGACGUUGACUCCCUGGUGAGUGCGUCCCUGGAAAACUUCCGCCGCCAGUCGGGGGGUAAGAACAAGAACAUGGAGGCACAGCCACCUGACCCUCUGACCCAGGGACUGGGAGACACCUUUGCUGCCAUGGUGACGCACCUGCAGUCACCUUAUGACAUCAUCUGUCAGAAACUGGACAACGCCAGUGUGAUCCAGGAGCUGCAUCUGAAACUGAGAGACCACUGCUCUCAGGCCCCAGCCAGCCAAAACUUCAGACCUGCCCCUGGCACAGUGUGCUGCUCCCUAUUCUAUGAGGACAACCAGUGGUACAGGGCCAAAGUGCUGGCCUACUCAUCUGAAGAGAAGGUGUGUGUAGGCUACAUUGACUUUGGCAACUCAGAGGAGGUGGAGCUGAGUCGCCUGUGUUCCAUCAGCUCUGAACUCCUAGCCCUGCCAAUGCAGGCCAUCCCUUGUGCCCUGGCAGGAGUGCGUCCCACAGCAGAGGUCUGGUCAGAGGAGACUGUGCUGAUGCUCAGGCGGAUGGUGUGCAACCGAUUCCUGCGGGUAGAGAUCCUGGGCGAGCGGGAGGGUAUGGCGCUGGUGGCCAUGAUCGACGAGGCCAGCGACCCCCAGGGCAAUGUGGCUGAGAUGCUGGUCGCCACAGGUUAUGCCUUGCCUUCCAACCAUCAGGACGAAGAGCCCACCACGAAGGGGCAGGCGGAAGGACCUGCUGUGGCAGAGAAGCUACAGUGGACAUGUGCUGAGCUUCCUACUGAGGGCCGGAUGGUGGCACUGGUGGUCAGUGUGAUGGAGAAUCCUGGAGAGUUCUACUGCUACAAAUAUAAAGGUACAGGCCUGCAGGUUCUAGCGGAGCUGGGGGCUGAGCUGAAGCGGCACUGUGAGGCAGAUAUCACCCCUUUCACCCCUAGUGUGGGUGAGCCCUGCUGUGCUCUGUUCUCUGGUGAUGGGGCAUGGUACCGUGGUAUGGUGCAGGGUGUGUGGGCUGGCAGUAAAGCCCGGGUGUAUUUUGUGGACUAUGGCAACACCAGUGAUGUCGAACCAGCCCACCUCAGAGCGAUCACACCCGAGCUCCUCAAACACCACUUCCUGGCUAUACGCUGCUGGCUAGCAGGUGUUGAGCCUCUGAGCCCCCAGUGGAGUGCUGAGUCUAUAGUCCGCUUCCAGGCCCUGUGUGUGGGCCAGCAGCUCCAUGCACGUGUCCUCUUCAUCACAGAGCGAGGCUACGGACUUCAACUGGUCAGCAGUGGUCAAAACGUGGCCACCACACUGCUCUCAGAACAGCUGGCCAAAGCCCCUGGACAGAGCCAGGCCCAUGCUAAAUCCGUUCCCACUGUCCCUAAAAUCCCCCAGCAGAAGCCUGUCAUUCAGAGAGACACCACCACUAGUGUGGGACCACCCAAACCCGCAGCCGCCAAUGAAAAUGAGCCGCCCACUGAGAAGCAGGUCAAGAAAAACAAUCAGAGCAAGGCUAGUGCCCGGCAGCCGGCAAAAGUGUCCAUCCCAUUUGGAUCCGAUGGAACUGCAUCUGCAGACAAAUUCCCUCUGGACUGGAGGACGGUGGAGCUGCCUCGCAAUGAGACCUUCCAGCCUUGCAUAGCAGCCGUUGUCAGCCCCAGUCUAUUCUACCUUUUCAACCCCAGCCAUGUGUAUGUGGAGAGACUGCAGAGUGUGAUGAUGGACUUGGCUGUAUACUGCACCACCAAGGCCUUGCCUAGUCGGUGCAAACCCAUGCCAGGAGCUGCAUGCUGUGCCCAGUUUUCAGGUGAUAAGAAUUGGUACAGAGCCGUGUUCCUGGAGACCACAGAGACUGAGGCCAGUGUUAUCUAUGCUGACUAUGGCAACUCCGAGAAGCUCCCCUUCGCCAGCAUUCUGCCCAUCCCCACAGAGUUCCUGGAGCUCCCUUUCCAGAUUGCCCGCUGUGCCCUCACAGGUAAGGAGCAUUUCCCGUCAGUGUGGCCCGUAGAGGUCCUGGAGCUUUUCAGUGCCCUGCUGAGUGACGGCGUGCUGGCCUCAGUCCAGGACUUUGAUGGCAACUCCAACCUGUUGUCAGUCACCCUGCAAAUAGAGCGAGGCGGGGGCCACCUCAACACUAUGAUCCUAGAGGGGCUGCAGAGCACACAAACUGGCAGCGCCAAGACCCGCAGACAGGAGCCAGGCCAGACCAAGACCCCCAUCAACGCCACAGCUCCAGUCACGCUGGCCACAGCUCCAGUCACGCCGGCCACAGCUCCAGUCACGCCGGCCACAGCUCCAGUCACGCUUUCAGAUUAUGCUGCCACGACGAAUACUGAACCCAAGGAACCACAGAGCCUAAUUUGCUCAAAAAGUGUGAAUGAUUAUGCCUCUCCAUGCUGCUGCCGGGACUUGGUGCAAAAGAUUGAUCAACUGGAAGAGCACAUUCUGUUCCUCAUGGAGAAAAUAGGUGGAUUGUCAAAGUGACUGCCAUACACGAGUACACAACUCUAUGUUCUAGGAAUAUUCAUGAAUACAUGUAGGUAUUCAGUUUCAGUGAUUUAUGCUUUGCAGUUCAGUUGGGAUGUUCCCUCAAGGGUUUUUGGUGGGUGAAUGUUGCAUCUUGGCUGUGAAAGGUAUUUACAUUAUGGAUAUAAUAUGAUGGAACAGCUCUCUUGAUCAGGACUUAGUUUUAAACUUUGGUUUAAAAUUGCUAAUCUAAUUGUUUUAGGUAUUGUUUAACUGAAAUGUAAUCAUAUUUUACACUUUCAUCAUAAGCUAUAUCAUAAUUGUACUUUACAGAAGUAUGCAAUCUUAGAAUUGUUAUUGUUUUGUGACCAUGUGGUCAGUGCAUCAGUAAUGUUAGGAUGAUUACAUGAUUAUGUGCCUUCUCAUUUAGUGUUCCACCAUCUGUUGUAGAGGCAUGGUUUCUCAUUUACUUGUGUUAAUUCAAGUUCAGUUUGGGAUAUGGAAUGGCUUUGUUA